AUGAGCAAACAGAAAUCCAAAAUUGCCAUUCUCUCUGUCUACGACAAGACAGGUCUCUUGGAUCUUGCCAAGGGACUUGUUGCCGCAGACGUUCGGCUGCUUGCCUCUGGCGGAACAGCCAGACUUUUGAGGGAAUCUGGGUUCCCUGUGGAAGAUGUUUCCACCAUCACCCACGCUCCAGAAAUGUUGGGCGGCCGUGUCAAGACUUUGCACCCAGCCGUUCACGGUGGUAUUCUGGCAAGAAACAUCGAGUCCGAUGAACACGAUCUCGCCCAGCAGAACAUCGAAAAGGUCGACUUUGUUGUUUGCAACUUGUACCCAUUCAAGCAGACGGUUGCUAAAAUCAAUGUCACCAUCGAAGAGGCUGUCGAAGAAAUUGACAUUGGUGGUGUCACCUUGCUCAGAGCUGCCGCCAAGAACCACUCCAGAGUGACCAUCUUGUCCGAUCCUAAGGACUACUCUCAUUUCUUGGAGGAACUGGCCGCUAAAGGUGACGUUUCCAACGAGGCCAGACAGAUCUUCGCUUUGAAGGCUUUUGAACACACCGCAGACUACGACAGUGCCAUCUCCGACUUCUUCAGAAAGAAGUACUCUGAGGGUGUCUCUCAGCUCCCAUUGAGAUACGGUGCUAAUCCUCACCAAAAGCCAGCUCAGGCUUAUGUCUCUGAUGGUGAGCUUCCUUUCAAGGUGUUGAGCGGAUCUCCAGGUUACAUCAACUUGCUCGAUGCCCUCAACUCGUGGCCAUUGGUCAAGGAGCUCUCUGCCUCUUUGAACUUGCCAGCAGCCGCCUCAUUCAAACACGUCUCUCCUGCUGGUGCUGCCGUUGGACUUCCGUUGUCCGACCUCGAAAAGAAGAUCUACUUUGUCAACGACAUCGAAAACCUUUCCCCAUUGGCCAAUGCCUACGCCAGAGCCAGAGGUGCCGACAGAAUGUCGUCUUUCGGUGACUUUAUUGCUCUUUCCAACAUUGUCGAUGUGCCAACCGCCUCGAUCAUCUCCAAAGAAGUCAGUGACGGUGUGAUUGCUCCAGGCUACGAGCCAGCCGCCCUUGAGAUUCUCAAGAAAAAGAAGGGUGGAAAGUACUGUGUUUUGCAAAUCGAUCCUAAUUACACACCAAAGUCGACAGAGUCCAGACAGGUUUACGGAAUCACUUUGCAGCAAAAGAGAAACGACGCCAUCAUCAACUCUUCGUCUUUCAAGGAGUUCGUUUCCAAGAACACCGACUUGACCGAGCAGGCUUCCAUCGAUUUGACUGUGGCUACCAUCGCUUUGAAAUACACCCAAUCCAACUCUGUCUGCUACGCCAAGAACGGUAUGGUGAUCGGUCUGGGUGCCGGACAGCAGUCCAGAAUCCACUGCACCCGUCUUGCUGGCGAAAAGGCCGACAACUGGUGGCUCAGACACCACCCUAAGGUGCUGGGCUUCAAGUGGGCCAAGGGUGUCAAGAGACCAGACAAGUCCAACGCCAUUGACUUGUACGUGACUGGCCAGAUCCCAACCUCCGAGCCAGAGAAGAGCGAGUACGAAUCCAAGUUUGCCGAGAUCCCAACUCCGCUCACUGCUGAGGAGAAGCAAGAGUGGCUGGACAAGCUGACAGACGUGUCUUUGUCGUCCGACGCUUUCUUCCCAUUCCCAGACAACGUCCACAGAGCUGCUAGAUCUGGUGUCAAGUACAUUGCUGCUCCAACCGGAUCCGUCAUGGAUAGAGCUGUUUUCGACGCCUCGGACUCGUACAACAUCGUCUAUGUCGAGAACCCUAUCAGACUGUUCCACCACUAA